AUGCCAUUUGGUCUUCGCAAUGCUGCCCAAACAUUUCAGAGGUUCAUUGACCGAGUGCUACGUGGUCUCCCGUUUGUGUACGCCUACAUCGAUGACCUCUUGGUGGCCAGUCGAAAUGCCGAGGAACAAAAAGAUCAUCUUGCCUUAGUGUUUGACUGUCUCGAUCAGUUUGGCGUGGUCAGUAACCCUUCGAAGUGUGUUCUGGGUGUGCCGUCCCUUGAUUUUCUUGGUCACCAUGUCGAUGCACAAGGUUUGCGUCCCCUCUCUUCCAAGGUUAAGGCCAUUCGUGACUUUCUUCCACCAACCUCCAAGCGUCGGUUGCAACGUUUCCUUGGCACGGUAAACUUUUAUCGCCGGUUCCUACCGAACUGUGCCGACCAUAUGCUGCCACUCACCAACUUGCUCUCUGGUCCCAAGGGUCCACUUGAGUUACGUGGCCACGCGCUGCCUGCUUUUGAGAGACUAACGACCUCCUUUGCUGAUGCUACCUUGCUCACUCAUCCUGCCCAAGAAGCCCCAUUGCCCCUGAUGGUUGAUGCUUCGACCGUUGCCGUAGGAGCAGUCCUCCAACAGCUUAUCAAAGACUCGACACGACCGUUGGCAUUCUUCUCCAAGAAGCUUUCACUUGCCGAGACGAGAUAUAGCACGUUUGGCCGUGAACUUCUUGCCAUUUACCUAGCCGUAAAACAUUUCCGACAAUUCCUUGAGGGUCGUGACUGUACAAUUUUUACAGACCAGAAACCACUUACAUUUGCCAUCCGAUCCCAUUCUGACAAAUAUAACCCGAGAGAGAUUUCUGAAUUGGAUUACAUCUCGCAAUUCACAACCGAUAUCCGCCACAUUGAUGGCCCGAAGAAUAUGGUGGCCGACAUGCUGUCCAGACCUUCCCUCUCGGCGUUUCACCUCUCACACAGGAUUGAUCUUGGUGCUAUGGCGGCUGAACAACGACGUGUUGGAUGUCCUGGCGACGAGUCUGUUGACAGUCUUCAAUUAGUUGACGUCCCAUUGACCACCGGCACUGGCUCAAUCCUUUGUGACGUAUCGACUCCUUUUCAUCGCCCUUAUGUGCCUGCCUCGAUGCGUCGAGCUGGUGUUCAAACUCUCCACGGACUCUCCCAUCCUGGGAUUUGA